AUGAUUUCCUUUUUGUUCUUGAUAGUUUUCUUUUCAGUAGUUUCUGGAGAUGAGAAUGCUCGAAUUUUUAAUGACCGGGCUUCUCUUCUCACUUUCUUUUCCGGGAUCACUUCUGACCCCGGAAAUGUUCUCCAAAACUGGAGUAACCCUUCCACGGUCCAUGUUUGCAAUUGGACCGGUAUCACUUGCAAUGAAAAUCUUGAUUUCGUUCUUGAGGUUGAUCUUAGUGGAGCUUCGCUCCAUGGUACCAUAUCACCUGUCAUUUCUAAACUUUCUCGUUUAACGGUUUUGGAUCUUUCUAGAAAUUUCUUCAAGGGCGACAUUCCUAGAGAGCUUGGAUAUCUUUCCGAGCUUAAACAACUAAGUUUAUCCUCGAAUCUUUUAAGAGGGAAGAUCCCCCUAGAGAUAGGGUUUCUUAAUGGGUUACAAUAUCUUGAUUUGGGAAGUAAUAAGCUCGUUGGUGAUAUCCCGAAGACACUUUUUUGUAAUGGCUCGUCAUCUUUGGAGUAUGUAGAUAUCUCGAACAAUUCCUUAAGUGGUCCGAUUCCUUUGAAUGAAGAAUGUGAUGUUAAAAUGCUACGUUUUCUUCUUGUUUGGUCGAACCGACUUUCGGGUAGGAUUCCAAAAGCACUUGCAAACUCAUCCAAGCUAAAAUGGAUUGACUUAGAGUCAAAUUUUUUCGAAGGGGAGUUACCAUUUGAGAUUGUGAAAAACUUGUCAAAUUUGCAGUUUGUUUAUUUGUCAUACAACAAUUUUUCAGGUCCUCUUGAUAAGUUCUUUUCAGGAUUAACGAAUUCUCCACAUUUACAAGAACUCGAGUUAGCAGGAAACAGAUUGUCAGGAAAGAUUCAUAAUACUAUCGGGAAUCUUUCCAAAAGUCUGGUCCAGAUACAUCUAGAUGACAAUCAGAUAUCCGGAGGUAUUCCUCCGAAUAUCAGUAAUCUUCUAAACCUCACCCUUCUCAACUUGUCAAGAAACUCUCUAAAGGGAACAAUCCCAAGGGAGCUUUGCCAAAUGGCAAAACUCGAACGGCUAUACCUGUCAGAUAAUAUGCUUUCUGGAGAAAUCCCGUGGGCUUUUGGAAACGUUUCCAAGCUAGGUCUACUAGAUUUAUCCAAAAAUAGACUUUCUAGCUCAAUUCCUGACACUUUUUCUAGCCUUUCACAGUUACGAAGGCUCUUGCUUCAUAACAACAGGCUUGUAGGAACAAUUCCUACAAGCCUUGCACAAUGUGUAAACUUGGAGAUUCUUGAUCUUUCUCACAACCAAAUCUCGGGUUUGAUUCCAAGAGAAUUUGCUAGAUUGAGUACAUUAAAAUUGUACUUAAACAUCUCAUACAAUCACCUGAAUGGACCUUUACCACGAGAGCUUAGCAAAAUGAAUAUGGUUCUUGCCAUGGAUUUAUCAUCAAACAAUUUUUCUGGUGAAAUUCCAGCACAACUUGGAAGUUGCAUUGCUCUAGAGCUUCUAAAUCUCUCUGGAAACGCACUCGAAGGUCCUCUUCCUGAUUCGAUUGGGAAGUUGCCAUUUCUUGAUACCUUUGAUGUUUCAUUGAACAGAUUAUCAGGAAAGAUUCCAGAAUCUUUUCAGAAAUCUUUAACAUUGAAACAACUCAACUUCUCAUUCAAUAACUUCUCUGGGAAUACGUCGUUUUCAAAUCUUGAUACCAAUUCGUUUCUUGGGAAUCCUGGACUUUGCAGUAGUUCCAUCAAAGGGAUGCAAAGAUGCAAGAACAAGAAGAAAAAACAUAACAUUAGGUUUCCAGUUUUGUUUACUCUAUUAGCAAUUGCCAUCUUACUGUCCUUGAUCCCCAUAGUUCUGAAGUCGAAAUCAAAAAAGCAAUUUUCGAAAAUAUUUAGUAGGAAAGUUGUAUAUGAAGAAGACGAACACGAAAGAAAAGAGCAAAAUUAUCGAAAAAUCUCUCAUCAUGAACUCAUGGAAGCAACAGGAGGUUUUUGUAGCUCGAGUUUGAUCGGGUCAGGCCAAUUUGGGCAAGUGUAUAAAGGAACUCUCAAAGACAACACAAAGAUUGCAGUAAAGGUUAUAUCCGGUGCAAAAACCGCAGUAAUUUCAAGGAGUUUUAGUAGAGAAUGUGAAGUUUUGAGGAAUACUAGGCACAGGAAUUUGAUACGGAUUGUCACGAUCUGUAGCAGACCUGAUUUCAAGGCUCUCGUUCUGCCUUUAAUGCAGAAAGGGAGCCUUGAUGACCUUCUGUACCCAAGGGAUGGGCCAGCCCGCGUGAACUUGGUACAGAUGGUUAGAAUUUUAAGCGAUGUGGCUGAAGGGUUAUCCUAUUUGCAUCAUUAUGCACCGGUUAAGGUGGCUCAUUGCGAUCUUAAACCAAGUAACAUUCUUCUAGAUGAUGACAUGAAUGCUGUUCUUUCUGAUUUUGGUAUAGCUAAAUUAGUGAAAGAGGAAAUUGAGCAACUCUCACUGGUUGCUGGUGAUCGCUCCCCUUCAGUUAGCUCGACUGAUGGAUUGCUUUGCGGAUCAAUCGGUUACAUUGCUCCCGAAUAUGGAAUGGGCAGACAGGCAUCAACACAAGGAGACGUCUACAGUUUUGGGGUCUUGUUGUUAGAGAUGGUGACAAGAAAACGGCCCACGGAUAUGGUUUUCCACGAGGGUUUAACCUUACAUGAAUGGGUAAAGAGUCACUACCCACACAAGCUCGAACCCAUCAUAAAAGAGGCACUGACAAACUUCUCUCCAGUUUCGAGCACCAUGUCGUGCAACAGUAAGCUACUGCACGACAUGGUCUGGGAGCUCGUUGAGCUCGGGUUGAUCUGCACACAAAGUAACCCGUUAAUUAGACCAACCAUGUUGGAUGUGGCACAUGAAAUGGCUACAUGGAAGGAAUAUCUUUCUAAUCCUAAGGCGUUAUCAACGACAUGA